AUGGCCGAGUCACAGUCAUUCGAUCUUAGCACUUAUGACUACGAUCCUUCGUCCCCGAUACCUUCCAAUCGAGAUGCGAGAAAUUAUGUUAUAUCAAAGGGUCCUUGUCAACCAAAAGAUUUUACAUUCCCAAGAAAUAGCAAUGGUAUAGUAGGAGAUUCCUUACAGCUUGGUAUGAAAAUUUCAAGUGGCUUGAAUACUCUAAGAAGACAGACAGCUAGAGCACUAUUUUGUUUCUUUUGUCGCACGUUCAAUCGCCAGGUGAGAUCUUUUAUACCAACGGUAACUGGACCGAUGUGGACUGUAACAGCUUAUAUUUUGCACGUCUCCUUUUAAAAUUUAUAUAUAAUAUGUAAUUUUUAUAUAAAUUAUAGUAUGAUAUAACUUUAAUAUCUUAAAUUCAUCAGUGCACAGUCAAAUCAAAUUCCCUUGUUGUAGAUGUGCAGUAGGUCCGAGAAGGCGUUCAUUACCGACGGAUUUUCAAAUUGGAAGAAACCGAAAACCUUUACGACGCACCAGAACAGCGAUGGUCACAGACUUGCCUCCGAGGGAUAUUCAAUCUGGCUGAAGCAGAAGCCGAUCGACCAACAAUUAAACGAACAUGCUAAAAUCCGGGCGAGUGAGAAAGAGAUAGAGGUAAUGUAUGUAAUGGCAUUUUUUCAAUCAUAAGCGACAUUUUAGCACUUUUAUAGAUGAAAAUGCACGCAUACGUAUAGUUUGAUAUAUUGCAUGAUUAUUCCAAAUUAAUGUCUUUUAAGGUGAAACGAAAACGUACAGUGAUCGGGAGAAUAAUUGAUGUUGUAAGGCUGCUUGGAAGACUGAACUUACCAUUUGUAGGUCAUCGGGAAAAUCAAACAUCCACGAACAAAGGCGUUUUCAUAGAGAUAAUCGCGCACUUUUCCAAACAUGAUGCUAUCAUGGACUUCCAUUUAAACAAUGCUAAAGGUUUGUGA